AUGGCUUCAACCACCGAUUCCAAGGGUCCUAGGUCUUAUGUUACCCCCAAAGAACAAGACCUCCGACCCGAUGCAGUCGAUGAUUACGUCAAUUCCCACCUCCAGACGCCAGCCAACAACAAGUACCACAAUGCCCUCGAACAUAUCCGUGAGAAAUCAAUUGCGGCAGGUCUCCCUGACAUCGCAUGCUCCGCCGCCCAGGCGAAAUAUCUCGCCAUCCAGGUCAAGAUCGCGAAGGCCAAAAACAUCCUAGAGCUUGGGACCCUCGGAGGUUUCAGUGCGGCCUGGAUGGCCAGCGCGGGGCCGGACGUCAAGGUGACGACAGUCGAGCUCGAGGAGCACAAUGCCAAUGUGGCUUCCAAGAACAUCGCCGAAGCAGGCCUUCAGAACCAGAUCGAGAUCAAGCAAGGUGCAGGUCUGGACGUUCUUCCCAAGCUUGUCGCCGAGGUGCAAUCAGGGAAGCGGCCAGAGUUCGACUUCAUCUUCAUCGAUGCUGACAAGCAGAAUAAUCUCGCGUACUUGAAUCUGGCUCUUCCCGCAAGCCGCUCGGGAACUGUCGUCAUUGUUGACAACGUCGUCCGCCAGGGCAGGAUUGCUUAUCCUGACGAGGCGGCCAAGGAUGAGCGUAUUUCUGCUACCCGAAACCUGAUUGAGACAAUUGGCAAGGACGAGCGUCUAGAUGCCACCGUCAUUCAAACAGUGGGAGAGAAGCAAUACGACGGUUUCUUGUUUGCAAUCAAGAAGUAG